GCCUCCAAAGAGAAGCGCGGUUUAGGUAAGCCUCUCAUUUAGCCAUCUGCCAAGUGCGAUCCUGUGUUUAAGUAGAAAAUUGCCAGCUGCAGCCAGCAAACAGGAGAACAUCAACGUGGAAUAGCCAAAAUCGACCUGUCCUUACGAAGAAGGAACUUGCUCAUGUGCUUGAGGAAGAGCCACAGAAUUAAAGACAAAACUCAGCGUAAUAUCUCGGUGUCACGGGUUCAAGAAUUUAUCAGCAAGUGUUCCUCUGCUGUGAGUUACCGACUCUGCAAAGGGCUGGGGUACCCACCUUUGGACCUUGCUGGAAAUUGAUAACAAAAUGCUAUGAACGCCCUGGAGAGGGCAGAGUCCGGUUCAGCCGUCUCAGCAAAACAAGCUCAGAGGGGAAAUAAAAUAGUGUUUUCUGCUUUCACAAGCAUUUUGAAGCCCUGAUUACAGCGUGGCUUUUCACAUUUGCCUUCUCAGCUGGAGUUUUAGUGGCAAAUGCAGCACAGCGUCACAGUGGCACUGCGGCCAGUUAACAAAGCCCUGUAACAGCAUCUCUUUAGAAGAUAUUCCUCUCCUAGUUGUCUGCUCCGUUUUUUCUCGUCACCUUUUAUUCUUAGCCCACUCAGUUGUGCUGCUGCGUCAGUCUUUGAGGUUGGUGCUCUGAAUCAAAUUAAGUUUUGUGGUGUGGUGGGUUUUGUUUGUCGUUUGUUUGUUUGUUUGUUUUUAAUUAAGAUUAUAUCACUGAUUAAUUUAAGAAUAUGUCCCUGAAAAUGGUUGUGUCAGCCUAAUGGUGGGGAGAAUAAACAGUAGGAAAAAGAGAGGUCUGACAUCUGCUGGGUCACAAGAAGAUAACCUUGAAGACUGACUACUUCAGAGGAGGGUGAGUGGUCUCUCUGAGGACAUUGAGCAGCAGCUGCCUUUGUUUGGUUCCUAGAACGGAGCUGGUUGUUGAUUGAGAAGAUGAAACUGAAAGUAUUUGCACACUUACAGGAAAGGGUGGACAGCAUAAUACUGAUUGUUUCUCAGAAUCCCAGUAGGUUAAUCUGACAGAGCGCCCUUGAACUUUACACUUUCCUGAAACUCAUACUGCUGUGAUUCAUCAGGCAUUGGAAGGAAAGAGAAGGUCUUGAGGAAAGGGCCAAGCAUCGUAAUGGAUGAAGACAGCUUGAUGAUCUCCAUCAAUAAAGAUGCCUAUGAAGUUCUUAAGAAAAGAGAGAACUGUCUAAGUAAUCUCAUUUACAAAAAGUUUGCUUGUACAUUGACCUUCAAAAGUACAGGGUGCACCGUUGAAGUAUACAGGAAAAAACUAAAGCAGGGAAUUGACAUUUGUGUUUGUAAGGAUGAUCUCACAAGACACAAGGCUGAUGCUUUGGUGAAUGCAGCCAACGAACGCUUAGAUCAUAAAGGAGGCCUUGCUUUAGCCCUGGUGGAAGCUGGAGGGCCAGAAAUACAAGAGCAGAGUACUCUUCAUAUUAAAAAGCAUGGAAUACUCACAGCUGGCAAAAUAGCAGUGACAGGUGGAGGGAAGCUUCCUUGUAAGAAAAUUAUUCAUGCAGUUGGUCCAAGGUGGAACAGUUAUGAAAAGGAAAGAUGUUGUGACCUACUUCAGGAAGCUAUUGUGAAUGUUCUGAAGUAUGUUACUGCUCCGGAAAAUACUAUAAGUUCUGUGGCUAUCCCAGCAGUGAGUUCAGGUCUUUUUGGCUUCCCAAUCAAUUUGUGCGCUCAAGUGAUGGUGAUGGCUAUAAAAGAAUUUGUUGAGGCAAGUCCACCAUGCUGUCUCAGGGAAAUCCGCCUGGUGAACAUUGCUGAGCCUACAGUUGCAGAAAUGAAGAAGGCCUGUGAAAAGUUUCUGGAUGAUACCGGUUCACUUCAGGAAACUCUGCCAGCUUCACCAAACCAGCCUUCAGCUUUCAUCAAAGUUGGAGGCAUUCGCAUGCGCAUCAUAAAAGGACUCAUGGAAGAACAGAAGACUACAGCUAUUGUUAAUUCUGUGACUGUGAGUGGCGACCCUGACUCUCCAAUUUCAAGAGGAGUGCUGCAAAAAGCAGGUUCAGGUCUUCAGGAUGAACUUAAGACUCAUCUUAGAUAUUCUUCGUUUUAUAAGCCAGUCGUAUUAACAAAAGGACAUAAUCUGCCCUGUGCGUUUGUACUGCACAUCGUACAGCCACGAUACCACCACAGAGUGUUACUGUGUGAGGAAUUAAAAGCUGUUGUGACAACGUGCCUGUGUUCCUUGCAGCACCAUGAGCCUUCCUCAGUUUCUUUUCCAGCAAAUGGGAUUUGGUCAUUAAUGCUGCCUGUUGAUAUAGUGGCAGAGAUCAUGAUUGAAGAGGUUUUCAAUUUUGGCAUGGCUCACCCUGAGAUGAAGAUAGAUGUGCAGUUUGUCCUGUGCCAAGAUGACUACGAUGGCUGUCAGGUUUUCCUGAGCAAAUUUUAUUCAGCAGCAGACAAACUGGGAAAAAAUCAACAGUACAACAGAAACGAUCAUUUGAGUCCAGAGUCAGGCAGUCAAAGCAUAAACCAGACUGCAAAUAAUGAACCGGCUAUUGAACUUAAAGGGAACACACGUACAGCAUUGGAAGCAGCAGAAUCAUGGAUCCAAAGCAUCGUACAAAUUCAGGAAAGGCACUGGGCUGUUAUUGAAAACAACUAUAUAUUUAGCCUUGGUAAAAAAGAGUUUGCAGAACUAUCUCGAGAGCAGCACUCUAGCGUAUGUGUAUCAGAAGACGUGAGAGAUGGGAAAGCAACACUGGAAUUUCAGGGCCCUCCCAAUGCUGUGAUUGAUGCAGUGCUCACAACUGAGAAAUUACUCCUUCGUAUGCAAGAGAAGACCACAGCCAAACAAGAGGAACUGCUGUUGUUAAUGGGCCAACCAGAAGCAGGUCAGCUUUCAGGAGGACACCUCCACAAGACACAUGCUACUAAAUGCAUCCAGAUUUCACUAGUGGAAUCGCACCUUCAGGAAUUUAAAGACAGACAGAAACAGUUUGAAAAAGCUGGGCUUCAUGUUCUCAAGGUUGAAAAGAUAUAUAAUCCUCUUUUAUCUGCUGCAUUCCAACAAAUGAAAAGAAACAUAGAAGAAAAACACGGUACAUCCAAAGUAACCUCCAAGCUGUACCAGCGCGUUCCUGCUCAGUUCUGCAGCUCGGUGUGCCAGACUGGCUUUCACAGGAUGUAUUCUCCACCAACAGAACAAAAAUACGGCGCUGGCAUCUACUUUAAAAGGAACCCAAAAGGCCUAAUCGAGGGUAGAAACACGUGGGAAACAAACUCUAAAAUGUACGUGUUUGAGGCUGAUGUAUUAACAGGCUUAUACACUCAAGGCAAGCCAUCUUACAUUAUGCCACCUGCAGCAGAGGGUGAUGCCAUUCAGGUCUAUGACAGCUUAGUAGAUGAUGUAAACAAUCCUGAGACCUUUGUCAUUUGCAACGGUGUUGGGGCCCUUCCACAAUAUUUGUUGACUUGUUCCCCAGUGAGGGAGAGGUAUGUGACCUUCUGAGGAAACCAGCAAACUUAAAGAGGUGAAUGUAUCAGGGGAAAGCCAUUUCCCACAUAGGGACAUGCUAUUAAAUACACAUAGUUAUGGCAAAUGUGAGGCAAUACUUCACAAUUUCUAACAGUAGUUGCUGUAACAGUUUUCGCUAGUUAAGAGAUCCUGAGCACUGCAGAUAAAUGUAUUCAAAAUAAAAAUUUUGAAUGACACUGUCAACUAACCUGUUAUUUUUCCACAUAGUCUUAAGAACAUGACUUGGACUGUAUUUGAGCUUCAGAUUAUUCAGUGGUAUUCAAUCUCUCUGAAAGGCUACAAAAUAGUAGAGAACUAGUUCAAGUUACAGCUUGAAAUUGCUCUUCAAUUAACCUACCUUUAACAAUAUCUUUUAAAGAUUACAGUAUCAACUGUAGAUAUCCUCACAUUGCUUCUGUAGUGACCUAAAGAAAAGCCUCAGAGGUCUUACACUAAUUUCAAUGUAAAUGGGGAUUCAGUCCAGCUGUCAGGUACUUGGAAACCUUCUGUACUAAAGCCUGACACUAUUUGUGACGUUAGCAAGGUUUAAAACAAAUCUGUUGCCUCAAACUAAGAGCUACUACCAGAUUUGUCUAAUAUGAAGCAUUUAAAACCAGUUAUGGCCUAAACUGAACACCUGAACAGCUUAUAACAGUGUUGUCACACAGAAAUAAAGGCUUAUCUGUCAAUAUCA